AUGGCAUCCAUUCUUCCAGUACACCCGGUAGGGUGGAAUGGAAUGAAAGACCAUUGGUGGCAAUUCUCAAAACCACGCGCAGAUAUUGUACCUUUGGAGGUCUCUCUGUGCCUUGAAAAACUGGCGCUUGACGACCUCAAGCUGACUAGUCUUCGCUCUGGACAUCACAAACCAUCCUCAUUCGGUGUAUAUCUUGGAAGCUUCGAUGAUCCCUUGACCUGCUCACAGGAUAAAUUGCUAAGGCAAUGGGAUAUACUAGUUUUGGAUCCCUUUCAAAAUGGUGUUGCAAGAGCCCUGCACAGCGACAUUAAAACGUAUGUGCUCGGUAGGCUCGACUUUGCACAGCUUUUCUCACACCAGGACGACGCAACUGUAAUGAUCGAAAAGCUUAGGACUGUUCUGAAUAGCAAGUUCACUAAUACUUCGUUCGCCGGUGUGUUAUUUUCCAACUGGGAGGGUGUUUUCCCUCUCUUCACUGAGAAAAAGCUGUUUCAGAUCAUCGACAGGCUUGGUCUGGCAGUAUAUCUUGAAACGCAAGCACCGGGUUUCUUGAAAAAUAGAAAUUUCUUGCAAAAUGAGGCUGUGUCUGGCCUUGUGAUUCGGAAUGCGAGUAUCUUGCCCCAGGGAGAAAAACGUGAUUAUUUUCAAAUGACCGAACUCCAGCCAACAAUCAAGGCUUGUGUGUCCGAGGCUUGCACAAGAAAUUUUGUCGUUCUGGUAUGGGAAACAGUGAGCGAUGAUGCAGUGUUGUCAAAUGCCGUGGUUCGAAGGUCGCUUCAGUGGUCCAAUUUUUAUAGUGCGAUUUCGUGGAUUGGAUCUGAAUCUGCUCUUCAAAAUUCCGAGUCAAACGUACCGAUAGUCGAGCCACUUUCAGCUUUUGGUUGGUUGAAAGAACCUGAUAUAAUGAAGGCUCAUGAAGUUUGGCGCUCAAAUCUUGGUGUCUCCUCGUGUGCCGGUGACCAAACGGGCUGGGAAAUUCUUCAACCACUUUUCCCUUCGAUCAAAGAGUUCCUUGAAUCUACCCCAGAUGAAAAAAAAGUCUCGGAAGGUUCAAAUUCCCCCAUUCGCAGUCCCUCAGACUGGACCACACACAUUAAAUCACAGGGGAAUCCAUUAUCUAUUUCGACAUCUGGACAAGAGUAUACCUACCUCGGGUGUUUCCCAUUGGGUUCAGAUCCGGACGCACUUGCAUUCUCAGAAAUCCUGCAAUCCCAGCUGCGUUUGAAACGACUAAAUCUUCUUGAUCCUGUUCCCACAGAACAAAUCCAGAGCAUCGGAACCCUUCUUGGGGAAUUUCACUCGACUUUUCUGGCUUCAAAUGGCGACGCCCAGCUUGCAGAAACCGUCAAGCAGCUCUCAGAUCUGGCUUUUAGUAAAUAUUUACGCGUCAAUCUUUCAUUAGACUCAGGUCUCAGGCAAAAUACAGACACUCGAUUCUGGGCGGUUUGUCAAAUUGAAAAUGACGAAGCCGAAGUUUUCGUCUCCAAAAACGCGCAUGAUCUGGUCGGAACCAUCCUACAUGCUUUCCUGUCUGCCAAAGGUUUAUCCCGUGAUGCGUGUUUUGAAACGGAAACCGCAUUCUCGACAUGGUCGCAGAGUAUCUCACCAAGCACCGGUCUUCCGCGUCGGCUAGUUCAGGAUGUCGACUGUCUUAGUCCUGAAGAGCGUAUAAUAUUAUUGCAGCGCAUAUUACUUGCAGAUUCAACAAGUCGCAUGCUGGACAAGAUAUCAUCUUACAUCCGCACUAAAUUAAUGGAUGCCCCCACAUUGGCUCAACUGAAACAAAUAAACACAGUUCGCUACCUCGAAGAAUCGGUUUCCGCUGAAGCUCUUGUCGAGGGUCGAAUCGCUUGGUACAAAGAUCAAGAAUGCAAACCCCCCUCUUUGGAAUCCUCCUUGGAGCUUUUCCAUGAAGUCCAUCGGGUCUUUACAGAAAUUUUGAGAACGCAUCGAGAAGUCGAUCUUUCUAGCAUCACAAAAGGACUCAGCACCCUGGUUCAAGACAGCCAUGGCAACGCACACGUCGACAUGCUAGCACUGGCUCUAUUCUGUGCCGCGAGAAAGAGCGCUUUCGACGAAAUCUACGCAGAAGUCACAGACCGCAAUCCCCUUUUCAACAAUCAGCCCGAUCAGGCUGCUACAUUUGCCGAAUCCUUUGCCCUAGGCUCACGAUGUGAGGCAUACUUUGAUUUUUCCCCUAGCACAUUUGGAAAACUUCUUUCCGAUCGCUUUCGAACAUACUACAAUGUGCAUCAACACCCAGAUUGGAUUAACGGGGCACCAGAGCUCGCAACUACUUACGCUGGAGCCCAGAUUGAUGUCAAUCCAGACGAGAAAGCGAAGCCCUUGAGGCCAUAUCAGCGAUUUACCUUCUUGGGUGUAUUUGCGAUUCCGGCCUUAAUCGACAUUGUUCUUCUUAGCAUCAUUGGACGUGGUCUAUAUCUGUCUGCUUAUAUGACGCAUGAAGAGCAGGGCAGUGCAACGGUCGCAUUGUUGAUUUCCUUGCUUCUUUCGGGUGCAAUUGGUACCUGGAUUGCAUGUGGUGGCCCAUACUACCUCCUAUCGAUGGCAUUUGCUGCCGCAAAUAUGUUUGUUCUUAUCCGCUUGAUUGCCGGUAUUGCCUUCACCAUAGCGGGCGGGUUGAUUGGAUUUGUCGCCAUUUCUGUUGUCAAGUCGCCUCGUGCAGGUAUUGUUUUCUACCUUUACCUCGUCGGCUUGACCAUUUACUUUUCGACUUUUGCUUGUCUCGCAAGUUUCAGCUACCCGGGAUCAACAUUCCUCUCGGGGCGCAAGGCAAUAAUAAUGUGUAUACCGAUUUUGUUCUUGUCUCCCAUUCUCACCACCUUCAUCGGAAAUGAUUCGGCUAUCUACAUUGCGGUCUUAUACAUUUGUAUUGGAGUCCUUCUUCUCUGUUUGCGCUCUACGACAUCGCAAUGGGUGACAUGGUAUCAAUCGAUUCGACGAACAGAUGACAAUGAAAUCCGCAAAUGGUAUAUUGCUAUCCACGGUGACAACGACGAGAAAGUCCUCGACGACAUGAGUGAUCCAGGUGCACUCAAGUUAGCCAGAGGUGCUUUAUUGGAAGAUUUAAUGUCAGAGAGAUCGCGCAGCAUUGUCUCCAAACCCACAACUAAUCAAUUGGUCAAAGAACUUGCGCAUGAUUGGGAGUCCACUAACUUCCUUCUGGAUUGGUACUGCCGAUAUGCCGACAUUCCAAAGCCAAUUCCGUUCAGCUCAAGCUGGAACAUUCAAACAAAAGUCGCUUUAGAGACUUUGCGGAGCUCUCAGAAGGGCUUGAGACUGCACAAUGCAUUUAUUCACUGGCGCCAGUCAAGCAAUGACAUUGGCUGCGGUGUUCUGUAUUUUGUUCUUGCUCUUCUUGACAAGUGGACGCAAUUGCUUUGCCGGGGCCACCUCCUUGGCCUGACGGGGUCUUUGAGUGAUGUCAACCGUAAGGCAGCUGGCUUUGCACUAGCCUACUAUCUUAUCGGGGCUAUCUUGAUUGAUACUAAAGCGCAAGAGAUUCACCAGACGAUAGGUGGACAGAAGCCCACAGCCAUCAAAACAGAAAAUGGAAUCCAUGCUGCACAGAAGAGAGUUGUGCGUUUCCGUCGAAAAAUCUACAGGAGAACUCUCUUCAAAUUCUUACUAUGGCAUGUUUGGAGUCUUGCAGUUUCCACGGCUCUGCUAUGGACGUUUGAGGUGACCUUGGAAGGCAUGAUAAUUUUCUUUGCCUAUGUGCUUGCCUACACGGGCUUGAUCUGGUAUCAAUAUACCAAAAUAUUUGCCGGGCCUUAUGCACUGAAGCCCGUCAUUUUCGGAAUAUGUCUCGGAUUCCCCGUCAGCAUUUCUCUGAAAGUCUGUCUUCCCAACUUCCUUUACUCGGAAGUCAUUGGCCUUGGAGUUGCAACUUGGAUUGCUGCUUUGCUGUCGUUCUGCAGCGCAAGACUGGGCAUGCCCCCUGAAAGUGUAUCUCUUGUGAAACUUGGAAAGAAUCUCCACGCAUUCACUUCCCCCUGGGCACAAAUAUCGUGGUCGCAACAAGAGCUUCAAAGUUUGUUCGAUUCCAUCUUACUCCUGCCCGAGGAUGAUCGAUAUGGCCUUGAUCCCACAGCCCAUCCAGCCAUCGAGAUAAAGAGUGUGCUCUUAUCUCGCACCCAAGAACCCUGGAUUGAAGAAGGUUUUCCGAACUCGAAAAGUAUUUUUGACAACAUUAUUUCUGGGUGGCAUAAAGGAGAAAUAUACGUUGAGUUAGUGUCACCACGCUCUCUGCGCCCAGGAAUCCAAGCCUUGAGCUGUAGUAUUGGAAAGCAGCUCAUGAUCUUCAUCGGCAUCAAUGGCUUGCAUGAUCAGCGUCUGGAUAUUUCCACGAAUUGCAAGAUCAUCGCGGAAAUGCUGGUCCAUUCUGUUGUUAAUGCGACAAUGGGUAUUCCUCAUGAGCAUGCACGGCUCGCCGAGAGAAUUGUUUCCGGGGGUCUGACAACGACCAUGGCCAGACAGCUCUCAGAAGAAGGAAACCCAUCUAUCGCUGUAAAAUGGGCUAAGAAAGAACUCCUUAAACAGCUUUGUCUUGGGUUGGAGCCUGAUAUUUAUUGGGAUGAUUUGGAUGUCGGGGUUCGAACUGCUUUGCUGCGCCGUUGUCUGGGUCAGUCUUGCUAUUUCUCUCGGGGUUCACGACAGGCUCUUGAAAAAAGCCUUUCUCAAUUCGGAACCAAAGAUCUGGACGUUCAUAUAGCAAGAUGUAAUCUGGCUGUUACGACUGCGAUUGAAGUCCUAGAAUAUGCGCGCUAUGAUGCAGAGCCGAUCGGCUUUCUGGAGCAGCCCGAUGCCCCCGAGUACAUCCCUUAUCUGCCGCAGAAUCCCCCAAUAUCAAUAUCGGCAAUCCUCUCCCCUUUCAGCUUUCUUUAUAACAAGCUUGGAGCGAUCAGCAAGUUCACCAUGAUUGCUUUGCUUGCCGAUGCUGAGUUUCAGAGGGAGUUUGAUCACGCCACCAAGUCUCUCCCAACGCUUUUGCGUGUACCUACGGUGUUUCUAGUGAAUACUGUGUGGGUUUAUUCGAAGGCCAUGCAAGACUUUGGGCUAUCCUUGUUCUUGUUCUAUGGCAGAGAUAACAUGAAGCAGUUAUGGGAAGAGACGAAAGGCAUCUGUAUUCAGGUAAAAAAACACCGAGUCGUCAUCCACAAUGCACACGGCACGUUCACAGCCUUCCAGCAUGAAGUUUCCGAUGGUGUUUUCCAAGUGCAUCAGUACGAGGGUGAUCACAAGACUGAGCCAAUAGAACCGAAGGUACUCAGGUCCAUUGGAGUUUACUCGGAUGAGAUGCUACUUCUCAGCAAGCAACAAUUCAAAGACGGGAUUCUCCUCAGUGAAUACCAUUUCGACCACCGAACCCCUUCGAAGAAAAGCAUCAAGUCCAGAAAUGCUGCUGCCAUGCGCGUUCCGAUGAGAAGGCGUUGUGUACAAGGUGAAAACAACCUACAAUGUGUUGAAUACAACAGCGAGGGUCUCAUAGAAGCCGGUUCCUUCAUGAAAGACGGUAUUCUUAUCAAAUUCAAGUAUUACUAUCGAAAGAACCCGCAAUCUGGCGAUGAUCUUCUUCGUGCUGAAUACUUCAUGGCUCAAUUAUCUUGUGUGGUGUCCUGGUGUGCUCCUCCUCGCCGCCAUGCGGACAAAUUGGAUCGAUGGAUCCCACAUUCUAGGGUGACCGAAGUAACACUUGUGCAAGAUGGUGUUAUUUUCCAAAGUCGUUGGUUGUAUGAUCACAAAUUUCAUCCCACGAUUCUCACCACUGUCAACGGCAGCGAGGUGCAAACGCCUUCUUUUAUCAAAGAUGACGUAUUUGGGAUUCUUACAAAGCCUCAAAACACAUACUUUGCUCAAGACGAUCCUCUUUUCUACUGUGACACUCUGAAGUCGAACAUCAUCACGCGUAUGCUAGGCUUGGGAAAGAAGCGGCUCAUUAUGUCAACAUCUCAGGCUCGAUCUUUGUUGUGGAAGGCAUGGAAGAGUCACGACGAAUUCGACGGAGUCAUGAUUCAAUGGAUGGAUGAUCAGAUUUUGCGACAGGACCUCGUUCUUGCUCCUUAUUGGCGUGCUCGUGACUGGGGAAAUCUUACUGCGGCAAAAGAAUACAUGGAGCUUCAUGCGGAUACCAUCAUGGCCAGCGCAGAUAUGGAUGGAGCUGUUUCCAGCUGGACUCCGCUGGCGGUCAAAAUGAGUGAUCUUGUUAACUUUGGACCUGGUGGUGAUGCUGUUGUUACAACACGCUCAAAGGAACUUGCUUAUGACACUGAUGAGACUCUGCAUGUCAUGGCUGCUGACACUGGUACGUGGCCAAAUGAAGGUGGAGGUGUCUCUGCUUGUAGGCGGGAUAUGGUCAACUCCUUGCAAAACAUCAAGUGGCAUAUGCUUUGCGAGUCAGCGAACGAUUUUGGCAUUCCGAAGCAUCAAACAGAGCGCAACGUUGAGUCUUUGAAGAUAAUCCCACUCUGGGGGUUGGACUUUCUUACGCCAACUCAUGGCCUCUUCCACAACAAGUUGGACUCGGAGGUGGACGUUGUGUCUACAGCAAGUGAAUUUGACAUCAGGAUGAACUUCAUCCCGAUCCUUGCAGCACUUGUGAAAGGAGCACGGGCAGUGGUUCUUUCCAACACUGAUAUUGACCAGGCUACCAGGGCCCUUGUCAAUCUCAACACAUAUUUCCAAGAGACCCGACACUGGUCUCAGGUUUGGAAUAGCGAGCUGGUUAAGCAGACCUGGCGCAACCUUUGGCUCACUCAAGACAUGCCGAAUGCAGUCCCUUCAACAGAAUGGUUUGACACAGAGCUUCCCACACUACCCUCAUUGGAUGUUGCUCUGGAGUUGUGGUACCGCUAUCUUUUCAUUUUCGCGAUUCCGGUCCCUGAAAAGAUCCCUGAUAUUUUCCAGGCCUCACAUCACACUGUGAGCGCCUCGUAUGGUGUGGUAUGCAAAAUCAAAAGAGGCUGCACGCUACAAAUUUGGGACCAUGCUAUCGCCUGGCGGGAAACAAAUCUCUGUCUCUCGUCCGCACUAUCUAAGCUCUCACCAUUUGUGCGAAACUCCCUCCUGGGCCUCAUACGCAUCACAUCCGUCUUGACUCUCCACCACGCAGAUGUCAUUCUUCCAUGUGCAGAUUUCUUCAAUCCAGGCUGGGAGGUGGAGAUCGGGACGUGCCAAGGCACGAUCGAGCAUCGGGCCAAAUUCCGCCGGAAGAUCGACCCCGUCGUCAAUGGUAUCACAGACAUGCAGAAGUUCACGCCGACGGACAAAAUCAAAACCGAGCGCCCGACCGUAACGAUGUUGUCCCAUGUAUGGUUUGCCAAGGAUAUCAAGACCGCUCUGCUUGCUGCCCAUAUAAUAAUCAACCAGUGGAAAUUCGACGAUUACCACCUAGACAUCUACGGCGCAAUUGACAAGGCACCAACCUACUCAACCGAAUGUCAAGAAAUCAUCGCCUCAAAGGGCCUUCGUGGCCGCGUUACAAUGCGCGGUACUGCGGAUCCAAUGAAAGUGUUGGAAAAAACAUGGCUCUUCCUCAACUCAUCACUCUCAGAAGGCCUCCCUCUUGCGCUCGGUGAAGCAGCUUUGACCGGUGCACCUGUUGUCUGCACGGACGUGGGUGCGUCGCUUCGCGUACUUAGUGAUCCAGAUGACUUCUCUCGUUUCAGCGCAGUAGUCGCCCCGAAUGAUGCCCUCGCGUUGGCAAGGGCUCAAAUCUCCAUGCUGGCUCUUCUGGGCGAAUGGAGUCAAUAUGCGGGAGACGACGAGGUCGCGCCAAUUCUCACCUCAGCGCCUACCCCUAAGGAUGUCGCAAUUAUCACCCGUCGUAUGUAUGAGAAAACCGCGCAACGUCGUGAACUGGGUAUGAAGACUCGCCAGAUUGUGCAGAAGUCGUUUAGCGGUGCUCGGUAUCUUCGGGAGCAUGAGCAGAUGCUGUGGAUUGGCAAAUCUGCCUCGACAAUGGCCAGGCGUACAAGAGUGAUGAUCAAGCACACAGCUACUGGUGGUGGGGAAAGGGGAAAUCCACCCCCUUCUGGCGACUUUCAUCUUAGCUCGAGCAGCUCCGCCAACGAUAUUGAAUCUCUCGGCCAUUUAUCGGCCUUGGUUCCCGGUUACCCUGGUGAUCUGGCUGGGCCGAGUGAGAGCCCUCCAGGCAUCAAUCCAGGCACAAUACAGAUGCCGGUCCAAAACUUCAGGACUUCUCUCGCCAGUCUGCUCCGAUCACAGGCACAUACGGGUUCUUUGUUGAAUUCUGGACGCGAGGAGCUGCGUAGUCUACGUCGGGAAGACUUGCUGCAGUUUCGAAGCUCGGAUGUCAACUUAAUCUUGAAUCAGGAUUUCCUACGCUCUGCUAUGCUUUGGAGUGGUUAG